CGGCGCAGACCGGAGCCCACCCAACUCCGGUUUCCAUUUCCCCCGCCCUCCGGCCCUCUCUAAACUUGUCCUGUCCUGUCCAGCCUCCCCCCACCCCUCUCCCCGUCCUUCACCCCAGCCAUCCUCCUCCUCCUCCUCCUCCUCCGUGAGUGUGUGCGCGCCCCAUCCACUCGCUAAUUGAAGAGCUGGGAUUCCUCACGUGAGAAGUUGAUUUGUAGUUUGAACACGUGGCUCAUUCAAAAAGCCGGAAUAUUCAAACGAGGGUUGCAGCCCGCGGUGCGCGCCUCCCCGAGCCGCCAGGAAGAUGAACAAGCUCUACAUCGGCAACCUCGGCGAGAACGUCAGCCCUCUCGACCUGGAAAGUCUCUUUAAGGACUCCAAGAUACCCUUCUCGGGCCAGUUCCUGGUGAAGACGGGGUACGCCUUCGUGGACUGCCCCGACGAGAGCUGGGCCAUGAAGGCCAUCGAGGCACUUUCAGGUAAAGUGGAGCUGCAUGGGAAACUCAUAGAAGUUGAACAUUCGGUCCCGAAAAGACAAAGGAGUCGGAAGCUUCAGAUCAGGAAUAUCCCGCCUCACUUGCAGUGGGAGGUGCUGGAUAGUUUGCUAGCUCAGUAUGGAACUGUGGAGAACUGUGAGCAAGUGAACACUGACACGGAGACUGCAGUUGUAAAUGUAACAUAUGGCAAUAAGGACCAGGCUAGACAAGCAAUAGAAAAACUGAACGGGUUUCAGCUUGAAAACUAUUCCUUGAAAGUUGCAUACAUCCCUGAUGAGAUGGCAGCCCAGCAACCUCCACAGCAACACCCCCAGGGAAGACGUGGAUUUGGCCAGAGGGGUCCUCCCAGGCAAGGGUCACCCGGCGCAACCACUCGGCAGAAACCACAGUCGGACGUUCCUCUGCGGAUGCUGGUUCCCACACAGUUUGUAGGAGCCAUUAUCGGGAAAGAAGGAGCAACAAUCAGAAACAUCACCAAGCAGACACAGUCCAAAAUUGAUAUUCAUCGUAAAGAGAAUGCAGGUGCUGCUGAGAAACCAAUUACCAUCCACUCAACUCCUGAAGGCUGCUCAACAGCUUGUAAAAUUAUUAUGGAGAUCAUGCAAAAGGAAGCUCAAGAUACUAAAUUCACAGAAGAAAUUCCCUUGAAGAUACUGGCACACAACAACUUUGUCGGCCGACUUAUUGGCAAGGAAGGAAGAAACCUGAAGAAAAUUGAACAGGACACAGAUACUAAAAUCACAAUAUCGCCAUUGCAGGACUUGACACUCUAUAAUCCGGAAAGGACCAUUACAGUUAAAGGCAGUAUUGAAACUUGUGCCAAGGCUGAGGAAGAAAUCAUGAAGAAAAUCAGGGAGUCCUAUGAAAAUGAUAUUGCUGCUAUGAAUCUUCAAGCACAUUUAAUUCCUGGAUUAAAUCUGAAUGCCUUGGGUCUGUUCCCACCUUCUUCUUCAGGAAUACCACCUCCCGCAGUGAGUGUUGCCUCCGCUGCUGCUGCUGCUUCAUAUCCACCUUUCGGGCAACAGCCCGAGUCUGAAACUGUUCAUCUGUUCAUCCCAGCCUUGGCAGUUGGAGCUAUUAUUGGCAAGCAGGGACAGCACAUCAAACAACUUUCUCGUUUUGCAGGCGCAUCUAUUAAGAUUGCCCCUGCUGAAGGACCAGAUGCUAAGCUGAGAAUGGUUAUCAUCACUGGACCUCCAGAAGCUCAGUUCAAGGCUCAAGGGAGAAUCUAUGGAAAACUUAAAGAAGAAAAUUUCUUUGGACCUAAAGAAGAAGUGAAACUUGAGGCUCAUAUAAAAGUGCCAUCCUAUGCUGCUGGUAGAGUUAUUGGUAAAGGAGGCAAAACAGUAAAUGAGCUUCAAAACUUGACAAGUGCAGAAGUUGUAGUCCCUCGUGACCAGACACCUGAUGAAAAUGAUCAGGUGGUUGUGAAAAUAACUGGUCACUUCUAUGCAUGCCAGCUUGCUCAGAGAAAAAUUCAGGAAAUACUGGCUCAGGUAAGAAGGCAGCAGCAACAGCAAAAAACAUUGCAAAGCGGACAGCCUCAGCCAAGACGGAAAUAAAGGUUUAGGAAAUGGCCCAUCAGAGACAGAUGCCAGACCAAAGACAGACUGUGUGACAGAGAGACAGGUGGUGAGCACCUGUUGAAGUUUUAUGCAGAAGAUCCACCAAGCCAAUCACCUGUUCGAGGACCAGGCAACCGUUGAACGCUGUCUCUGAGAAUGUAUUCUUUAGGCUCUCUCAAACUUUUGAAACCCAGCUUUAAAAUAAGGACCCCUUCACUUCCCUUUUGUUCUAUUCUCACAAUUUAACAUAAACUCGUUAGUCUUUUUUAUUGUUCUUAUUAUUCCCCAACAACUUUAGAACUUGGUUUAAUGAAGCUUUCUCUUCUGAGUUCACUGGUUAAAAAAAAAGAAAAGAAAAAAAAACCAACAAAAAAAAGAAAAGGCAUUGCUCUUAUAGGUCCAGUUAAUAAACACAUUUGGAGGGUGGGAUUGCGGGUGGGCUAGGGUUAGAGCAAGGGUAUUGACAAGAGUUUAAGUGUUAGUCCCAAUGUUGAAACAAGUGGCAUUUUUUAAAAAGAAUUUGGUUGCAUUUUUACAUAACACUGCCAUGAAUAACCUAAGGGAAGUGUUGAAUGGUGUUGGCCAGGGCAUAAAAAGAUAAAUAUGCAUUUUACUAAACUACCUCAGGCAUUUAGUACCUCAAUGAGAAAUUGUUCCUUUUUUGCUUUUUUUUUUGGUAUUUUGUAUACUUUAUAAAGCUAAUAGUUCUUGAGCAUUUUAUUUUUUUAAAAAAAAUUAAAAUUUGAUCAGCCACCAGCCAGGAGUACUACAGACUUAUCGGGGAAAAAUAUAGUAGAGCACUUCUAGCUGCUGGCUGAUGGGAGUAAGGUGGGUAAAAAAAACACAGCCUCAGAUUUCCUGAGGGCUUCAACACCAUCAUUUGUUUAAAAAAAAAUUCAAUGAAUGUUCAAAAGAUAGUGAAUGAUGCCAACAUUCUGAUAGCAGCAAUGCCGUUUAGUUUUCUUUUAAGAUGGGAUGAAAAAGUUUGUGACGGUACUUUUUUGGGAACAGGACAAGGAAGUGAUGGCAAGAGGCUGGGGUUGGGGGAAAAAUUUAGAAGGCUGCAAGAGGCUGAAUUUUUUUUUUUUGUGCUACUUGAUUGAAUGCAUGAACCCUUUGUGCCUUUGACCAUCACUACCUAAUAAUGCUACAUUUAACCAUUUGCAGCCCAUUUGGACUUUGCCAUUUUGUUCAAAGAGCAAGCUUCAUCUUCAGUUUGAUAGAACACUUGAUCUGCUGGAGCAUUUUUGAGGCCAGGAGGGUCUCUGCUGUCUGCAGAUCACAUCAUACUGCUUUCAGUUACCACGAUGGGGGAAGGUCAAACAGUGUUUGAUCACAUUGAAAGAUAAUGAAAGGCUAAGUUUACAUAUCCAGCCGCUGUUAUGGGCCACACUAAGCCACUUUGAAGGUUUUGAAAAUGAUUACAAGAAAAAAAAACAAACAAAACAACAACCUCUCUAGCCUGGCUUAUAAUAGAUGCAGCAGGAUUUAU